GCAGCCUGCUGUGAGAAAUACUUAAAAUUCUUUAUGUUAUCAAAUAUUAUCCACGUCAACGAAAGUUGGAGAUAUUUUUCUGGCAAUUUAUGAUCAUGAUAUCAAGAAGUAUUCCUUCCACCUAAUGAAACGGGAACAACAUGGGGUCAGUCUUAAGCAGAAACAAGAAAACUAAGGGUUUUAAGUUGAUGAGAUUGAUUGUUGAUGUUGGAGGAGAAGCUUUAAGAAUUACAUUGAGGAAACAACUGUCAGGUACUGAUUUAUUUAAUGUUUUAAAUAAGAAAGAAAAUUAUAAUAAGCUUUUGUUGCUAAAAGAUAAGCAAAUAAAGGAACAUCAAUGGGAUCUACUGUAUCCUCCUCCUCCAAUAUUACCAAAUGAAAAUAAGUUUGACAUUACUUUACUUUGUAUUCUCCUGCGUAAUAUUUGUGGUUUAAAACCACCUCGUGAUCCAAUAUGGACGUCAGUAAAUGACCCCACUGAUUAUUCAACUGAAGCAGAUAUUACCCGUAUCAGGUUACUUCGUAAUGAUCGUUUUGCUCACUUACCUAGCACUUCAGUAAGCUCUAAUGACUUUGAAAACUUUUGGGUGGAAAUAAGCGAACCAUUAGUUCGUUUAGGAACAAGGCAGAAAGAAAUAGAUAGAUUGAAAAAUGAGUUGUUUAGUAAUGAAGAAUGUGAAAGAAUUUUGAGAGAAUGGGAUAGAUUAAAGAGCGAUUUAACUGAUAUUAAAACUGAUCAGAGAGGUAUUAAGAAAACAAUGGAGGGUGUAGACAAAAAUUUACAACAGGUAAAAGAUAUUGUCACAGUAAUUAAAGACGAAGUACAUGAAAUACGACAUCACACUCACUUUGGUUCAGAAGAAGAUUUUUUGACAGAAAACCUUGUUAGCUGUAACUUUAAAAGUGAAAUUAGACAUCAUUAUGAAAAUUUUUUAGAGGGAACACGGGAAUGGGUUUUUGAUGAGUUUUUGGAUUGGUUUGAAGACGACAGUUCUCAAAAUCGUGCAUUUAUUAUUUCUGCUGUUGCUGGCAUGGGAAAGUCUGUAAUUGCAGCUACUUUAUGUAAACGUUAUCCACAAUAUUUGACUGCAGUUCAUUUCUUUCAACACAACAACAGUCGUUACAAUAAUGCCAAUGUGCUUUUUCAAUCUAUAGCGAUGCAAGUUAGUCGUAAGUUUCCUGCUUACAAACAACUUCUUGAGGAGAAACUUUCAAGUAAACUCUCUCAGCCUUUGAAUAACAUGAAUGUGGAAGGAUUAUUUUCCCUUCUUUUUACUGAGCUGUUUAAUAAGAUCUUAGAACUUCCCAAGCGAAUGUUAGUUGUGCUUGAUGCUCUUGAUGAAUGUGAUUAUUCAGAAAGAGAUGACCUUGCUAAUUUGCUUGCUAAUCACUUACAAAAACUUCCGCGUUGUUUUCGCUUUGUAAUUACAACCAGACCUAACGAUGAUGCUUUAAAUAAGUUUGAAAAAUUAAAUCCACUGUACAUUAACUGUAGCGAUGAUCGCAAUUUGAAGGAUAUUAAAUUAUUGAUUGAAGAAAGAAUUGGCUCUACGGACAGCCUUUCUGAUGUUAAAAACAGUUUGGCAGAAAAAGCUGACGGACUUAUGUUGCUUGCAUCACUUCUUAGCAGCGAAGUCAAAAAUCAGGAUUUGUUGAAAGGUUCCAUACCAAAAGAUCUCAGUGAAUAUUACAAAACUUGCUUAACAAGAUUAAGUAAGGAAUUAUUAGAUUCGUUUCAUAUCAAUGACGAAAUGUUUCAGUCAAUUUUAAAUACUUUAGCUGUUGCUAAAGAACCUCUUCCUUUGGAAAUGAUCAAUAACGUUCUUUGUUUGAAUUCGAAUCGCGACUCAGUUGCGGUUAGAAAAAUUAUCUCUUGUCUGUUUGUUACCAAUGGAGAAGGAUGUGUUUCGUUUUUUCACAAAUCCUUAAAUGAUUGGUUGUUGGAUGAUCGAAAACAUGAUUACUCUGUGCAAAUUUCUUGUGGUCAUCGACUUGUUUUAGAAUUUUGUUUAAAAUCUUUGGAUAACCUCAAAGCUGAAGGUGUAAACUAUGACAUCAUUAAACAUGUGACAGUGAGGUAUUCUGUCAAGUAUUGGUUGCUUCAUUUACUUGAUAUUUCUGGUAAUGAAUGUAUCAUUGAAAAUGUUGGUAAAUAUCUUGUUGACUUGGAAGUUUUAGUUGCUUCUGUGUUGGUUGAUAGUCGUCGUACUUUAGAAAAUUUUAAAUCAUUCAACGCACAUGAUGUGUACUUUCUUAUUUCUGAGGACAUUCGAUUGUUAUUUAAUGAAGUUUAUUCUGUAAUGACGUGGUCUGUGCACUUUGACAAUAAAGUAAUUUUUUUGCAAAACUUUGCCAACGAAGUCAAUGAUCUGUCAUUGCCAGCCACCAAAAUGCUUCAAACACGUUUCAAAGAUUCACCAUAUCUAGAGUGCAGAGACACGGGUUUUGUAAAGGCUCGAUUAUUACGUUUAUUUUUUUGGUUGAAGUCUGUUGAUGUUUCACGAAAUCAUGAUUACAUCGUCUGUGGUUAUGAAGGAUUCGUCGUCCAACUUUUUUCAUUGAGAACAAACAGAUGUUUAUGGAUAAAAAAUAUUUCUUGUCAGUUUAAGCAAUAUGAAAAGAAAGAAUUUUGCGUUGCCUUUCAUCCAUUCGAAGAUAUAAUUUUUGCUUCCCAGCUUGAUAAGAUACUAGAUAUUAAUGGUAAAAUUUCCUCCAGUCCGUUCCAUUGUGAUGAUUCUACUUUUAAGUUCUUUACCAACAAAUGUUUUUCUAAAGAUAAGUACACAAUGGUCACUAUUUACAAAGAUACUUUGACAGUAUGGGAUGUUAAAAAAGGUAAGGAGAAACGCAGUAUUAGAUGUAAUGAUGUGGUGAUUUCACUGUGUUUUUCUAAUUCCGGAAAAUAUUUGUGUGUUAUUGAGAAAGAAAAAGGGAUUAAAAUAAUUAAUGUAGCGAAUAAUUAUGAAAUAUUCGUUUACGACGAUCAUUUACUGUCUGAUGAUUUAAGUGAGCUUAAUGUUUUGUUCACUGUUGGUCUUCAUUCUUGGUGUUGUGGUUGGCCUCCUUUCUCUCAGAGAGAACCUUUCAUUGUAAAUCCCACUGGUAAGAAACUUCCUUCCCACUUCAUUGUAAAUCCCACUGGUGAGAAACUUCCUGACUUAGAUCCUAAUUCUCAAACUUCGUGUUUUCCUCUUGAUCCUUUCGAUGACAACAGAUCUAGCUUUUCCUUUUAUGGAGCAGGAGAGUAUUUUAUUUUGUAUAACGACUAUGUUAUUUUGUUUGAAUACGGAUAUGACUUUUAUCUUUAUUCAAUACCGCGUGCAUUUUUUACUAACAGUUACAGUGUUCGUAACGAGAAAUUUUGCUCAAAUGGAAAAUUUCUGUAUCGGAGGAAUGAAGAAAAUUCAAGGAUAAACAUGUACAAUCUUAACACAUUUAACUUUGUUGUCAAGGAUUGUUUUGUUAGAGACAUGGUUGCUGUAAAAAAUGGAGUUAUUUUGCUUACGGCAAAAAAUAUUCCUGAGCUUUGGAAUAAUAAUUUGACAAAACUUGUUUAUAGUUUUGACGAAAUAAAAUAUACAAACAAUAUUUUUAAGGUGAGUGAUGUAUCAUUUGCUUGUCAAAAAGCUGAUUCUUUUGUGUUUUUCAAUGUUGAAAACAAGCGACAAGAAAUAUCAGUGAAUUUUGAAAAUUAUCGAAAUGUGCACGUAUUUGCAUGUAGCUCUAAGUAUCACGUGUUUGCUAAAGUUGAAUGUAAGGAUCAGAUUAUUUACUGUAUGUGGCAUGAAGACAAACUUGUUCAUGGUUGGAAUGACGUAAUUAAGGAGGACUUCGCCAAUUCAAUCGCAGGAAAAGUCCUUGCAGAAUACGAGCGUGAUAUUACUCUCUGUAUAUAUUACGCUGCUUUUUCACCUUCAGCAGAUAAUUUAUUAAUAAAUUACAGGUUUCAGUAUUUGAAAGUAUUUGACGUUAAAAACAAACAAACUAUUUAUAGUUAUACUUUUAACGUACCUACGCCAGAGUUUUUCUCUUUUGUUGAUGAUAGGUAUAUAAUUAGUAAUUACUUAGCUUUAAUUGAUUUGAAAUGUGUUAGGACGGUAGAAUUGUUUCUCCCGCUUGUGAGAACAUUUCUAACAACUUUUUAUUACUGUCGUAAACGCAAACUCGCUUUAAUUUUUUCUUCCUUAAAGGUCCCGGUACAAUGCGUAAAAAUCAUCUUGCCACAAGGAUCAAUUUGACCUUUGAUGUGAAAAUUCUCACCAUUUUUGAUAAGCAUCAACUCAAGCAUCAGUGGACAUAUUGCAAGUUACUUAGGCAAAGUUUGAUGUGUUUAUCGCUUGUGUAUAUAAUUCCAUCGUGUACUCUAUAUUCAAACAAUAAUACAAGAAGGAGAACUUCAUUUAAGGAAGUGAAGUAAUAAAAGAAAUGACAAAUUUAUAUACCAUGGUUCUCUGUGGAUUUAUUGUUGUACUUUGUAUCGUCACCCAGGUCACGUGUUCAUCUAAAUGUCAUCUGUUGUCAAAAUUGGAAGAUAUGAACUUUUACAUUUUUAAAAUGGUGAAGCUGGCUGUUCACUUUGUUUACUUUAUUUAAAACUGAAAAGUGAAAAUUAUCAACUCAUGUGGACGUUUUGAUGUGAACUUAACGCAUAAGUAAUCCUGAGAGCGAAUAAAAAGAACUUGAUUUUACUACAUUGUGGCUAUUGGAGAUGGCUAAAGGGAUUUUUUUUGCUGCAUCUAUAGUUCAAGCUGCUUCUUGAUACGAACACACUAUCAUUGGGAAUAUUAUGACACUCGAUUGCCUUUGCGCAUGCUCUGAUAUAUAUAUGUACUUGAAUGAUACUAUAACAUUUGUGAUAUGAUUUAAGAUCUCAACAGCAACAUGUCAUGAAAAUUCAAAGCAAAGGUCAACUAUGGAUGGUUGUAGAAUGAAAGUGAUCAGUUUAGUUCAUAUAAAUGGUCAGCAAAUCAUUCACAACAAAAGUAACUUCAACAUGUAAGAACUACAUCAAAUAAUGGGAAUGAAAAGUAUGGAAAAAAUUCAACGUCUUUCUUUUUGAAGAUGUCAUUUUUCUAUAUCCACUGUGUUUUGUUUUUAUGUAAGGAACAAUUUUAGAUCGUUAAAUUUAUUACAUAUUGUUUUGUAUAUAUCUACGUAUAAUGAAUAAAUAUCUUUCAUAACAACUCAUAAACGGACAUCUACAAUAAGCAGACAUUAGGUCGUGGUCUCAAGGAUGUCCGUUUACGAGUAGCUUGACUGUAUGCACACUUUUCA